GGGAGUGGUUCUACAAUAUACGUUCCUUAGCUCGACUUCGGCGUCAUGGAGAAGCGCGUCAUGAACAACGAUACCAAUGGGCGAUGCCCUGCCCACAGGCGGCCUUGUCUGCUGGGAUUCGCUACGGGGACGGCAAUGUGGAUAUCGAGCGCUGCAACGAGUACUUCGAUUCUCGCGUUGCAACCUCACCCAAGUGAGAAUGAAGUUCUCAGGAGAUGGCAAAGUUUUAUUACUCAACGAGUGGAAGACAUACCAGACUCGGUACUCUUCACUGGUAUUGCAGUCUGCUUGGCACUCUAUGCUGCUUCUUGCAUGCACAUUUACUACACAGCCCCAAGGUCCGUGUCGAUUACGUUGACAGCGAGUAUUCUCCUAGUCUUUGUGGAGAUAGUUUGGAACGCCCUGAAUGUGACACCUGUAGAAAGGCUGGCCGUUGUUUUGCCGGGCACGGUCAACAUUGGUCUUAGUUGGAUACUUGUUCAUCAGUCGAGAGAACUCCCCGAAAUCGUUCUGGGAGGGCGAGAAUCCGAGGUGUGACAAAUAUAGCCAAAACGCU